AUGUCGUUCCUGUGCUGUGCCUGCAUAGAUCAAAGUCAGAGAGGUAUCGUCCAGUCCUGCGGCAAGUUCUCUCACAUCCUCGACCCGGGAUGUAGCAUCAUCCUGUGGCCCAUCCAGACUGUCGACGGAGUCAGCAUCAAGGUGACGCAGAUCGACGUCAACACCAACACCAAGACCAAGGACAACGUGACGGUGACUGUGACGUGCGCGAUCCAGUACUCGGUGAACCCGUUGGAGUGCGACCAGUACUACUUCAAGCUCCACAACCCGCACAUGCAGAUCACAGCCUACGUCGAUGACUGCAUCCGCUCUCAGAUCCCGACGAUGACGCUAGACGAGUCUUUCGAGGCCAAGGAGUCGAUGGCGAACGCGGUGAAGGCGCAAGUCGCGUCUUCCAUGAAGCCGUAUGGCAUCGAAGUGCACCAAGCGCUCAUCACCAACAUGCAGCCAGACUCCACGGUGAUGAAGGCCAUGAACCAGAUCAACGCGGCUAGGAGGAACCGAGAGGCUGCGAUCGAGAAGGCAGAGGCAGAGAAGAUCCUGCAAGUGCGAGCAGCAGAGGCGGACGCGGAGGCGAAGCAUCUGUCAGGCAAGGGUACUGCGAUGAUGAGGCAGGCGAUCACGGAUGGCUUCAAGAACAGCAUCGAGUCGAUGCAGGAAUCGUGCGGGCUUGAGCCACGAGAGGUGGUGCACAUGAUGCUUGUGACGCAGUACUUGGAUGUGUUGAAGGAGUUCGCACAUUCAGGUAGGCGGGCAACGAUGGUCGUUCCUCACGGGCCUUCCGCUGUUGGGGACAUGGAGCAGCAAGUUCGGAAUGGCUUCAUGCAAGCGCAGAUGAUGAACCCUAACAGCAUGCAUUGA